UGUCAAGUAUGGAUACAUCUAUCCUCUGCAGGACCCAAAGAAUCUUGCCCUUAAAGCAGAUGGCAGCCUGUACAGGUUCCAAACUCCCUAUUUCUGGCCUGCACAGAGCUGGCCUGCUGAUGACACAGACUAUGCAAUUUACCUAGCGAAGAAGAAUAUUAAGAGGAAGGGGAUUUUAGAAGAAUAUGAAAAGGAACAUUACAACAUGCUCAAUAAAAAAAUAAACUACAAGUGGGAUUUUGUUAUUAUGCAGGCCAAAGAGCAGUAUAAGGCAGGGAAGGAGCGGAAGAAGGCAGACAGGUACGCGCUGGACUGCCAGGAGAGAGCCUACUGGCUUGUGAACCGAACACCUCCUGGCAUGCAAGAUGUCCUAGAGUACGGAAUAGACCGAGUAACGGAUCCUAAUGAAAAUAAGGUAAACCAGCUGCUUGUUGAUGCUUUUUCUGUUAGUGCCAAAUUAACCAUGGGGUUGUGGGAUAUAAAGGAUCAGAGGAAAGAUCCAG